AUGAGGAGAGGAAUGGAUCCACCGGAAGACCCCCCUGCUGCCCGUAGCUACGGCGGCAGUAUCACAGGCCCUGAAGGAGAAAUCUACUUGUCGCCCGAGACGGUAGAGGAGCAAGAAUACAGAAACGCGCGCGCGCCAAUUGACGUUGUUACUACCAGAGGCCUCGAAGUCGAACCUUCUAUGAUUUCGCUGGACGCAGAUUUGUGCCGUAUGUCCAUGACUCAUCUUGGUGCUGGUACAAAUUCUACACAAGACCCCGACGUGGUGGUUCCUCCUGUACGCGGUCUUACGUCUGCCAUCUCUUUGGUACUCCACGAACCACCUGCUAUGGAUGGUAGUAGUCCUAGUGGAUCUUACGUGGAUGCGCCUGUGGUCUACCAAGAGCCUUCUUGUGGCGGAAAUGCUAGUGUGGCUUCCAUGAGGUCUAGCUUAAGUGCUAUUGAUGCUCCUACUGAUGCUCCUGACACCACUGAAAAUAACCCUACCCCUGUCUCAGUCCAAAACUCUAUCCCUAACACCUCGCAAAGGCCUUCCCGGGGCCCGGGAGUCAACAUGAGAGAUCCCUCCAUGAUUUCCAUCUGUGAAGACUUGCCAUUUCAAUAUGACAUGCAACUCCCCACCACAAGCUUGCAAGAAGAGCAAGCAACCCAACCUACUACUGCACUACCACUAGUACUAGCCCUGGCAGCAACAAGCCAAGACCCAAAUUUGUGCCCAACAAUGAAGUUUCUGUGGACAGCUGGGGAAUGA